ACAACACACCCUCCCUCUUGAGCGGGAAACAUACUCUCUAAUACUGUUAUCGCCAUUCUCUCUCUUCUUCAUCUUCUUCAUAAUCUUCAUCUUCCUCUGUCACCAAUCAUGCCACUUACGUUCCACGGAUUCUCCAUAAGGGACUACACUUCCAAGAUGAGGUCCGUCGACGUUUUCAAAUGCUGGCCAUUCGCCGCCGCCGAGGUUAGCCAGGAGGACAUCGAGUCUUGGCUGCCUCCGAUGACUGUUCCCAAGUCUCGCUGCUGCUCCGACCAGGUCGCCGGACUGAGAUCCAACCUCGACGGAGCUGGCGGAGAGGAAGGAACGGAGAGUCGCCAUGAGGAGGUGGUUUCUCGAAGCAAAUCGGUCGACGAGGAUAACUCUUUUGCCGGGGUCGGUGCGUCGGAAAAGGAGGAGGAAGAGAAGAUGGAGAUGGUUUGUCCGGUGUGCCGCGACUUCAACGCGGCGACGCUGACGGCGGUGAACGCUCACAUCGAUGGUUGUCUCGCGGAGACGAUGAGGGAGGAGCGGCGGCAGAUGAGGAGAUCGAAGUCGAAGGCGCCGAAGAAGCGGUCCAUAGCGGAGAUUUUCGACCUGAAGGAGGAUGAAGAAGAGGAGGAGCCGCCUCCGGAGAUCGAGACGGUGUUGAAAGUCUGGCCGUUCGACGCCGACGAGGUUUCGAUUACGGUCACGAAGUUCCAGUGGCUCUCGCGGCGACUUGAAGCGCUGAGAUCCAACGGAAUUUCGCGUGAAUCGGCAAAAUCUGAUGAAGGAAACUCGAAUUCUGCGGAGGAAGAGGAGAAAUUGGAGAUGGUUUGUCCUGUUUGUAGGGUUUUCAACGCCGCAACCGUGACGGCGGUGAAUGCGCAUAUCGAUGGUUGCCUUGCGAAGGCAAUGAAGGAUGAGCGGUGGCAGAUGAGGAGGCUGGGUUUGAAUCCCAAGCCCAAAGCACCGAAGAAACGCUCGAUUGCGGAGAUUCUCACCGUUGCGCCGCAAAUCGACGCCACCGGCAACGGCGAUUUCGUGGCGGAGGCUGAGGAAGAAGACGAACAUGAAGCGAACAGAGAACAAUUCGUGAAAACUGGUUUCUAUGGUGCCACAAUCAAUUGCACGAGAAAGAGUUCAAACAAAAACGUGUCAAAAAAGAAAAAGACGAAGUUUACGAAGAAAAAAAGCAAGGUGGAAAAACCACGUAUUUUGCCUCUGAACAACGAGAGUAAGAAGAUGAAUAAAAAGAAGAAGGCACAGAAGAAAAAAUUGUUAAACAACGAGUUCACUGCAAAGAAGGUAUGUUUUUCUGCAUGUCUUCAUGUUAUGUGUGGUUUCAUGCCAUAAAAUAUAGGUUAAUCUUUCAUGUACGCAUGCUAGUUCCCGUACUUUGCAGCUAAUUUGCAUUUAAGCAUAAAAUAUAACUCAAUACUGUAGUUUCUGUGUUGAUUAAGCCAUGCGAUAAUAGGUUUGCGAACUCUAUAUGUUGCUUUUUCGGAAUAAAAUUGAUGCCGAAAUAGCUGGUUUUGAGAGACAGCGUCACGUUCGUGAUUUGUGGUAGAGACUGAGGGGUUUCUAGUUACGUGCUUAUGUGAAAUUCGUGGAAAAGAGCGUUAUAAAUAUUGAAGAUGAGGGCCUAUUCGUGGGUGCGACAUGCGCUGCAAGAAUGUUGAUCCAUCUGUGAGCUGUUUAGUUGGUACAAGUUAUCCUAGCUAGAAGGGGCCACCCAUGGGUUACUAGGUAGAAGACCUGAGAGCCUAAUGAUGAGGGGUUUUCUCUGCCUCGUCACUAUUAGCUAAUAAUUUUGGGGUAAUUAUCAUAUGGGCCACGGGUAGAUAGCUAGAUAAAUGUAUUUUCUCUUCUGUGAUGAUGGCUAGUUUUUCUGACAUAGGUUUGGAUACAGCUUGCAGCUGGAUAAGAUAUGGGUAGUGCGAUUAUUUGGUCAGUUAGUGAACACCAGAAAUUAUGAAAUGAUGCGGUUCAGUGAAUGUUUUGUUAUGCAAUGCGAGAUGGACACCUCGUUUGAAAAUUUGUAGUGUUUUGGAGUAAUGUAGUAGAUCUUUAUCGUAUGGGCGUUAUCCGGU